CUGGUAAGACCCCUGCCAAUUCACCAGCUGAACCUUUCGCCCUUUGUGAUGGCUGUGAUGGGGGUCAAGAAGAUCACGGUGAUUCGGGCGAGGAAUCUGGACCUUCCGGCCCCAAACAGAAGAUGAAAUAAGGUACAGGUGGUAGGUGUGAAUUCAUUUGAGCGGUUCAAUCAGAAGUUUUCCGGUGUGCAAGUCGGGCUGAAUGGAUGAUUUUGAAGGUUUGCUAUUUGAAAACACUGGAAGAAGCGAUUGACCAACACAUCAUUUUGACUAGCAUUUGCCAAAGGAUACGUGGUGCGGACUGUCCUUCAAUGAAGGAGCGCGUGCUUAGGGCAGUGGAUUCAGUUUUACUGGAACAUGGCUUCGCACAAACCGAAUUUAAAUUAGUGGUGGACAUAUCUGUUCCUGCAAAGCAUUGGAUUGGACGUGACCUAUAUAUGAGUGGUUUUAAGCUAAAGAACAUUGAUGCUCUGAUUGCUCUGGCAAGCAUGUGGCAUCGCGUCAGGGAUGCUCGCGGACCAGUUUCUAGAGGGUCAUACUUCAAUUUUGCACCGACUGAUGCCACCUGGCUACGUUUGCGUGAAAUCUACUUGGAUUUCACGUCCAUGCGCGGCAAGGACCGCGUGGAUGCCAGAAGGAAGAUUGACAGGCUCUUUGAGGAACGAAGCCCUGUAAGGGAAAGGAUCUGGUCUCAUUGGAAUCUAUACAUGAUGCGUGCGGAAAGGGAACAGAGAGAGUCUCAGAGACAGAGCUUAACCUAUAAGCAACGCAGACAAGAGCGUUCAGAACGCCAACGCAUGCGCUUGGAAGAUCGCGUGUCACGCCGGGUGGGCAAAGCGCAUUUGGAAAUUGCCAGGAAGCGACAGCAAUUGGAUGCUUUGCUGACCAUGUGGGGGAGAGUGAAUGAGGCUGAUGUCAAAAGAGCAGAACGACGAAGGGACAAGAGAACAGCAACACGGCGCUCUGGUGCCAAGAGAGCAGCUUCGGAUGAUCAGAGGCCUGAAAACAGAGUCAUUGACCCCGCUUUUGAAGCUUUUCGGAGCAACAUUGCAGAGGCUCGUGCUCGUAUAGCUGAGUCCAGACCUGUCUCGGCCUUGGCGUCUCGCUGUGAAGAACGAGUGCUUGCGCAGCGCCAUGCAGCCCGCGCGGUGUUGGAAAAUCUCAAGAGCCAUCGCGCAGCGUGUGGCCGUUCGAUUUCUUUGCUUGUACAGAAGAGCAAUCGGGUUCAGGUGAAGUUGUCCGACUCGCUGGAGAAGGCAGAAUCGGCCAUCAAAACCCUGGAGUCUGUGGCACUCCAUGAAUCCCUGCAGAGUGAGACUCGUCGAUGCCUUGCGGAUGUGGUGCCGAGAGAUCGGAUCUUACGCUUCACAGAAGCCUUGGAGGGAGAGGGUGCCCAAUUGCUGCAGCGCUUAGAGAAGUUGCAGCGGCAGGACAGUCAGCUUGAGGGAAUGUGCGAGCAAGUGGCAGAGAGAGUGGAACAGCUGAUUCGGGAGGACAGUGUGAGCAUCGAAUCGAAAGCUAUCCAUGUGGAGCAGGCCCGGGCACAAAGUGAACUGCCUCAGCUAAGAGCUUUGGUGCCUUCGGCCGGCGCCGCUCCUGCCACGGUGCUCGAGGAUGAGAAGCGUUCCGCGCUCCUAAGAGAUAGAGUAAUGUCAGCCUGCGCCAAUGUGCGCACUGCGCUGGACCAGCUACAAAGCUGCUGGGACCGGCAACAUCAGAUGUUUGUGCAGAGACUCCGGGAAGUGGCGUAUGUGCAGUCAAAGGUGCGCUAUGUGGAAAGACAAGCUGCUCUUUUGGAGGAAGAAGUGAAUGCGCAGAGCAACAACGCGCAGCACAUCGUCCGGCUGCAGAAGAUGCCAAGGGCGUACAACUCAGCCCUUCGAGAAGUGGCCUUGCGGCAGCAGUUCCGAGAGCGUUAUGUGGCGCAAGCUGAGAAAGCUCGCACUGCGCUCUCUAGGAUGGUUGAAGCAGAAAACAGCAGGCGCCGUGCCUUUUUGCAGCGAUACAGCUGCUAUUUGCCUGCGGACCUUGUGCAGGGUCUAGGAGCCUUCGCCCCGGCCAUCACCUUGGAGGUGCCCAACUUCGAUGCUGAACUGCCAGACAUCUCCAUGUCCUCCUUGGAGGUGCCUGAGAGGAUAGCAGGCCGGCCGGAGGCAGAGGCAGCGUCGAUGUCAUCGCUUCCGACAGGGGAAGCUUCUGGCCCUGCAGGUGCAGAAGCCAAGGACGCAGUGGCCACAGCUGAGAGAAUCGCGGAGCUUGAGGCACGGAACAAAGCCUUGGAGGAGCAGUUAGCGAUGCGACAGGAACAAGCUGCCACAAGCGCAAGUGAGGCCUGA